GUGGUGCAUGAUGGGAGUUUGAUGACACGCCCUAGCAACACAUACGUAAUCAUCGGUUAUGGGAGCAGAUCCGUCAUAACGCAAAUAAAACGGUUCUUAGCGUGUUCAUAUUUUAAAGAACAGACACAAUGCAGGCCGAUGAUGUAAGGUAUUUAAAAAGGAAAGUCAAGGGAGGAAGUCUGGAUGUCCAUCCCACAGAGAAAGCCCUUAUUGUCCAGUAUGAAGUGGAAGCGACUUUUAUGGGAGAAAUGGGAGGCCCGAUGCUUGGGGAACGCAAAGCUUGUCAGAAAAUAGUUCGUCUGAAAAGCCUUACUGCCACCACCGAUAUCGGCUCGCUGGCACGGAAAGUGGUGGAGGAAUGCAAACUCAUUUCACCCUCCAAGCUCCCAGAAGUGGAGCGACUGCUCUUCUACCUGCAGAACCGCAAGUCGACUAUAGAAAUAAAAGAGAAGAAGCAGAUAAAGCCACGGGAUCCAGCUCCUUUUGAAGGCAUGGAGCUGGACGAGGAGGCCAAUAUCAACAGCAUCGAAGACUACGUGGAGCUGCUGUACGAGGACGUUCCAGAGAAAAUCAGAGGAGCUACGCUUAUUCUACAGCUGGCUCGUAAUCCUGACAACCUGGAGGAGCUGCUUCAAAACGAGGCGGCUCUGGGAGCUCUGGCCCGUGUACUGAGGGAGGACUGGAAGCAGAGCGUAGACUUGGCAACCACCAUCAUCUACGUCUUCUUUUGCUUCUCCAGUUUCAUCCAGUUCCACGCACUGAUCACUCACUACAAGAUCGGUACGCUUUGCAUGAACAUCAUGGAGCACGAGUUGAAGAGGUACGACCUGUGGCAGGAGGAGCUGCAGAAGAAGAAGAGAGCUGGGGAGGAAGACCCAGAGAACCAGAAUGUGAAGAAAGAGUAUGAGAAAGCGCUGAAGAAGUACCAUAGUCUGCUGAACAAGCAGGAACAGCUUCUCAGAGUGUCUCUGUAUCUGCUGCUGAACCUGUCUGAGGACACACGCAUAGAGCUGAAGAUGAGGAACAAAAAUAUAGUGCACCUGCUGGUGAAAACACUGGACCGGGAAAGCGAGGAGCUCCUGGUUCUCGUCGUGUCCUUUCUCAAGAAGCUCAGCAUCUUUCUGGAGAACAAGAACGAUAUGGCUGAAACAGACACCGUGGAGAAGUUGGCUAAGCUGGUCCCCUGUGAUCACGAGGAUCUGCUGAAUGUCACUCUGCGUCUCCUCCUCAACCUCUCCUUCGACACAGGCCUCCGCAGCAAGAUGGUGCAGGUGGGCCUACUGCCCAAACUCACUGCCCUGCUAGGAGACGAAGCACAGAACCACUUAGCUAUGCGCGUACUGUACCAUAUUAGCAUAGACGACCGCUUCAAGUCCAUGUUCGCCUACACGGACUGUAUUCCGCAGGUGAUGAAGAUGUUGUUCGAUUGUGGUGAGGAAGGAGUAGACCCGGAGCUCAUCUCCUUCUGCAUCAAUCUGGCGGCCAAUAAGAGAAACGCACAGCUCAUCUGUGAAGGUAAUGGACUGAAGAUGCUGAUGAAGAGAGCAUUCAAGCUGAAGGAUCCACUGAUGAUGAAAAUGAUCAGGAACAUCUCCCAGCAUGAUGGACCCUCCAAAAACCUAUUCAUUGAUUACGUCGGAGACUUUGCAGCUCAGAUCGGUCAGAACGAGGACGAGGAAUUCAUGAUCGAGUGUUUGGGAACGCUGGCGAACUUCACCAUCCCUGAUCUGGACUGGGAGCUGGUGCUUAAAGAAUACAACCUGGUACCCUUCCUGAAAGAGCACCUCAAACCCGGUUCUGCAGAAGAUGACCUCGUGCUGGAGGUGGUGAUAAUGAUCGGCACGGUCUCUAUGGACGACUCCUGCGCCGCCAUGUUAGCCAAAUCAGGCAUCAUCCCUGCUCUUAUAGAGCUGCUCAACGCCCGACAAGAGGACGAUGAAUUCGUUUGUCAAAUCGUGUACGUCUUCUACCAGAUGGUGUUCCACCAGGCCACGCGAGACGUCAUUAUAAAGGAGACCCAAGCUCCAGCCUACCUCAUCGACCUGAUGCACGACAAGAACGCUGAAAUCUGCAAAGUGUGUGACAACACGCUGGAUAUUAUAGCCGAGUACGAUGAAGAGUGGGGGAGGAAGAUCCAAAGCGAGAAGUUCCGUUGGCACAACUCUCAGUGGCUGGAGAUGGUAGAGAAUCGGCAAAUGGACGACGUCGAACCCUACUUGUACGGCGAUGAAGGAGAGCCCUUUUUACAGGGAGCAGACAUUCUGGAGAGACCCGACCUUUUCUACAGCGCAGAUGGAUUAAUCUCUGCAGAUGCUGCCAUCAGUCCAGACUUCUUUACAGAAUUUCAAAAUGGAGAUUACGUCACCUCACACGGUUUCCCUGGCAGCGCUGUCUCGGAAAGAUACGUUCAGGGGCCAGGAGGAGCCGUGCGGCCUGCUACAGCUUACGGCUUCCGUCCAGACGAGCAGCACUUCUACAACUACUCCACAUCACGGUAGAUUAGAACGACUACAAAAUCACCGUCGUCAUAUUUAUUCACGUUCUCUUUCAAAGCUGAGUCGACACUCAUAGCGUCAUUUAUAUUCACUCGGACUCGCGUAACUUGCUGCUUCGACGAUGUGGUUUAAAAGGAUUUCUAGACAUUCUCAAUACGGCGUACAGAUGUAGUCGAUCUCCAGUGUGUUUAUUAUAAGUGGUGUACACUUUUAUAUACUACAUGUACCCACAUAUUUUAUUUCAUUUUUUUUUUAAAUUUGCAUGAAGUAUUAAACACCUUGCUUGUUUUUUAAGGUCCGGUUCAUUGCAGCUAUAGGAAGGUGUUAAUUCUUGGAUUCAUUGCAUGGCAGAGGUUAAGUAGUUUAUUUGCACACUGAACCUACAAUUCAUCCAUCACUGAAUCUCACCCACACUUGAAGGUGGGGUGCACAUUGUUUGAAAGCCAAUGUUGACAUUUUAAAUCACCAAAACAAACACGCCCCUAACCCAAAUGGGUGUCACCCCUGUUUUGAUAGCUCCGCCCCACACAUACAUACGUAACCCAGGCAACUGGAAAGCUGAUCCUAUAUUAACACGGGUCCUGCUUCUUGCCUUAUCGUAAGCCUUUUUUUCCGCUUUCCGUUUUUAUCCGCCAUGUCAGUGUUUCAGUCGCUUUCUGCUAAUGUCAGACAUGCGCACUGAACACUCUCUCCGCCGCAUAUUGACAAGACACGCCCCUUUCUGCUCAUUGGCUACACGUUUGUUUUGUUUGUCGGCCCGACUCAGUUUUCUGAAGCAUUUCACACACAUCGUGCAUCCCACCUUUAAACACUCAGGCGUUUGAGACACUUCCCCAAGUGUGUGCUCGGGAGAAUAUUUGACACUAGCUAAUGUCUUGAGUUUAUUUAUUGAUUUGUAAACGAUAAAGUAGCGAUUGUCUGUCUGUCUUUUUUCCGUCUCAUGACCUGCUGCACGGCAGCUUACGACUGUGCACUGUUUAUUGUUAUUUUGUUCUUCUAAAUGAAAACUUUUGUAUGUGUGAAAUUUUUGUUUCAGAUUAUUUUAUGACAGUUUUAUGUUUUCAUUUCAUUCUUUUUUUUUUUUAAUUUACAUUUUUGGUUUGUUUUUUUUUGGUGCCUGUGGAUUGUGUCUUACUGCUGUUUUAUACAAGAUGCCUGUUAUUUCUGUGGUGCAAUAUUAAAUCAAACGAAUCCGA